UAAGAACAGAGGCAGAGAGGGAGAGAGAGACCCCACCAAACCAGUCCCUCCCUCCAAAGCACAUCAUCAUCCACCACGCCAGUCUCCCCUGCGAAGCUACAAAACCCUAAUUUUAAAGACCAACUGGAACAUGAAACCCUAGCUGUCUCUCUCUCCCUUCAAUGUAACCACUCUUUUAAUUUUCUUUCUUCCUGGAACAUCCUGCCUACAGAGUUUCUGCACGUAAAACUCUCCCUCUCUAGGAUGGGGGCCCCCAAGCAGAAAUGGACGUCGGAGGAAGAGGAGGCGCUCAGGGCAGGCGUCGACAAGCAUGGGCCCGGCAAGUGGCGCACGAUCCAGAAGGACCCAGAGUUCGGCCGCUGGCUCUCUGCUCGCUCCAACAUCGACCUGAAGGACAAAUGGAGGAAUAUGAGUGUCAGUGCUAGUGGUCAUGGAUCAAGAGAAAAAUCAAGGACUCCAAAGCUUAAGUUAAAUCCUAGCAUUCCUUCCUCAUCUAUUACAGUGAAUGUCAAGGCCCCUGCCCCAUCAACCACAAAGGUUGCUGAUUCAAAAAGCUUGAACGAUGGAAAAAACUCAGCCACAAGGUACAGUGCCAUGAUAAUUGAGGCCCUUUCAGCUAUCCGUGAUCCUAGUGGAACAGAUAUUGGAGCUAUUGCAUGCUUUAUUGAGCAAAGGCAUGAAGUGCCAUCAAAUUUUAGAAGGCUGUUAGGUCCGAAGUUAAGACGGCUUGCUGGGCAGGAGAAAAUUGAAAAGGUUCACAACGGAUACAGACUUACAAGUUCUUCACUUGGUAUGAGAACACCCACCCCCAAACAGACAGAUCCACAUCGGCGUGCAAAACUGCAACAGAGUCUAGGCUCAUCGGGCAGUGAGGUCAAGGAGACUGCGAUCUCCAUAGCCUACAAGAUUGCUGAUGCUGAAACCAAAUCGCUUUUGGCAUACCGAGCUAUAGUGGAGGCAGAGCGUGUUCAGAGGCUAGCUGAAAAGACAGAUGCUAUGUUGCAGUUGGCAAAAGAAUUCUAUGAGCAAUGUAGGGUUCCCGGGGCAAAGUUGUCGUCAUGGCUUGAUCCAUGUCUCCUCAACUCUUUGCUGUGAAUCACUGUGUGGUUGGGCGAGAAAUUGUCCUCCUACCUUCAGCACCGGGGGCUUUCUUCGGCUAUGUUAUGAUUUGCAGCGCAACGGGUGCAAAUUUGCUUAUAUGUCUGUAAAAGGUACUGCACCACAUGCUUUGUGAAAUAAAAAUCCGUAAUCUAGCAGAAGAUUUGGUUC